AUGCUGCGGCGCACAGCUUUGAAUGCGACGUCCUGUCUGCUUGCACGACGUCCAUUCACUGCCGCGGCCACUGCUGCUGCUGCUCUCAAUGAAAAACUGACCCCUGAGGAACAGGCUGAGAAGCAAAGGCUCAUCAAAGAGCUCACGAAGAAGCUUGCAGGUCCUCUGGCUGACGAGAAUGGCAACGUGCCCGCUGGGAAGGACCGUCCUAUCGCUAUUGAAGUGGAUGGUCCGAGCCACUUCUAUGCGAACAGCACCAAGUACACGGCAUAUACGAAGUUGAAGCACCGCCUUUUGACGCGAAUGGGCUACAAAGUCCUGCACGUGCCGUACUUCGAGUGGAGGAAGCUCCGUGGUGCGAAGGAGAGAGAGGAGUAUAUGCGAACCAAGCUCAAGUGA